GAAGAAACACAACUUUAGUUAGUCAACAAAAGGAAACGUGGGUCCCCAGUAGAACUGGCAAAACCUCCAAAUGUGGCAAAAAGGUAUCAUGCAAAUUCCCCGUAAAUUAAAUAAAUAAAGAGAGAGAGAGAGAGAGAGAGCACGCAAAACAGUGCCCAUGCAACACACCAAACACUUUAAGUUUCUUUUUCCUUUUUCUUUUCUAGAAACAGAAAAUAUUCCAUCUAAAUUUAGCAAUCUCUGUCUUCCCUUUAUAGACUAGCUAGUACCCCAAAAAGGAAUUGAAAGACAGAAGAGAGAUUUAAAACCUUGGCCUUUCCUCUCUUCGUAUUCACAUUCAGGGGGGGAAAGAGAAAGAAGAAGAUGGGUCGUGGGAAAAUAGAGAUAAAGAGGAUCGACAAUGCGAAUAGCAGACAAGUUACUUUCUCCAAGAGGCGUGCUGGUUUGCUCAAGAAGGCUCAUGAGCUCUCUGUUCUUUGCGACUCUGAGGUUGCCGUCAUCGUCUUCUCCAAGUCCGGCAAGCUCUUCGAGUUCUCAAGUACUCGACUGUCCUCAUUUGAUUAAUUUCAGCAUGAAGCGAACGCUUUUGAGAUACGACAACUACCAACGUUCUUCAGAUGCUCCUCUGAUUAAUUAUAAACCAGAGGAGGAGGAUUGUACAGAGGUGGACCUUUUAAAGAAUGAGAUCUCAAAGCUUCAAGAGAAACAUUUACAAAUGCAAGGUAAGGGCUUGAAUGCUCUGAGCUUGAAAGAGCUGCAACACCUUGAACAACAACUAAAUGUCUCAUUGAUAUCUGUGAGAGAGCGAAAGGAACUAUUGCUGACUAAACAACUUGAAGAAUCACGGCUCAAGGAACAGAGAGCAGAGCUGGAAAACGAGACCUUACGUAGACAGGUUCAAGAACUCAGAAGUUUUCUCCCGUCCUUCAACCAACAAUAUGUUCCAUCCUACAUCACAUGCUUCGCUAUAGAUCCCAAGAACUCCCCCGUAAACAACUCUGGCUUGGACGACACUAACUACAGCCUCCAGAAGACCAAUUCAGACACAACAUUGCAAUUGGGGUUGCCGGGAGAAGCACAGGCUAGAAGGAUCGAAGGAAAUAGAGAGAGCCCAUCAAGUGAUUCAGUAACAACGAGCACCACCAAAGCAACUCCACAAAGGAUCAAUGUAGUUUAGCAUUUCGCUGUUUAGCCACGGAGAAAUAUGGGAGUGAGGCAAAUAAUGUAUUCCUCUGUAGCAAGUAUCCCAUUAUUUCAAAACCAAUGUUAGAAGAGAAGAAUCGAUGUAUGAUACAUUAUGUAUCUCAUCUUCCAUUCUAGUCUAACUCUAACCUCACUGUUUAAUCUUUAUCUCCUUCCUAUUCUUCUGAUUAUCUUUGGUCUU